UGCUAUCUAGUUUAAUGUGAAUAUAACUUCACUCUAUGUGCAGCAAUGCGAUAUUAAAUAAUUGGUUAAAUGAAGGGUGAUGAAAUUAUAACCUCAGCUAUACAUGUAUAUAGAAGCCAAGAGCGGUUUCGUACCUGAAAAUCGAGGGGGAAAAAGAGAAGGUAAAAAGGCAGCCUCUUCCUCCAUUACAAUUUACUAACUAGUUAUUACAUCCUUGGAAUCUGUUACACACUUGUACACAUUUAUAUAUACACAGAGAGAGAGAGAGAGAGAGAGAGAGAGAGGGAUAAUUAAGAGUUUUUAAUAAAGAGUGGGUUUUAUUGGGAUUAUAGAUUAUGAUGAUGUAAAAUUGGGUAGGUUGAAGUGAUUGGAAACAACUCCCAACAUCUUUCUUCUUUCUGUUGUGAGCUUUGGCAGCUUCAAACGAUGGCAAACUCUCAAAAUGCAGAAUUCACCGAUCAGCAGUUGAAGAAGCAAAUUCUUCAUAUGAAAGUGGUGAUUUGUAUACAGCUCUAUGGAAGGCUUGUGCAGGACCUAUGGUGAAUGUUCCUUGUACUGGAGAAAGAGUUUACUAUUUUCCUCAGGGUCACUUAGAACAAUUGCAGGCAUCUACUAAUCAAGAGUCGAAUAAACAAAUCCCAAGGUUCAAUCUUCCCUCAAAGAUCCUUUGUCAUGUUUUUCAUAUUCAAUUACGGGCUGAACCUGAAACAGAUGAAGUUUACACCCAGAUCACAUUACACCCUGAACCAGACCAAACUGAGCCCACGAGUCCUGAUCCAUGCCCUCCUGAUCCACCAAAGCAAAAUGUUCGCUCUUUUUGUAAGAUUUUGACGGCAUCUGACAGAAGUACACAUGGAGGGCUCUCGAUUCUUCGAAGGGACGCCAAUGAAUGUCUCCCUCCAUUGGAUAUGACUCAAGCAACCCCGAGCCAGGAUUUGGUUGCAAAGGAUCUUCAUGGUUAUGAGUGGCGAUUUAGGCAUAUAUUCAGAGGUCAACCACGGAGACACUUACUGACAACGGGCUGGAGCACAUUUGUCGCCUCUAAGAGAUUAGUUGCAGGCGAUGCUUUCGUUUUCUUGAGCGGUGAUAAUGGAGAAUUAAGAGUCGGUGUUCGGCGUCUAGCUCGACAGCAAAGCCCCAUCCCGCCUUCUAUUAUUUCCAGCGAAAGCAUGCAUCUUGGAGUUCUUGCUUCUGCAUCGCAUGCCAUUACCACAAAAACACUAUUUGUGGUGUAUUACAAGCCAAGGGCAAGCCAAUUCAUCAUUGGGAUGAACAAAUAUUUAGAGGCUGUACGACAUAAAUUUACUGUGGGCAUGCAUUUUAAGAUGAGAUUCAAAGAAGUAGAAUCUCGUGAGAAAAGGUCGACUGGCACCAUAAUUGGUGUUGGAGAUAUCUCACCACAUUGGAAAGAUUCUAACUGGCGGUCUUUGAAGAUACAAUGGGAUGAACCUGGAACCGAGCGGUGGUCACAGAGGGUCUCGCCAUGGGAGAUAGAGCCGUUUGUUGCUUCUGCUUCUAUUGACAUCGCACAACCUGCUACAAAGAACAAAAUACCUCGACUUCUUGAUCGGCAUCCAUCAGGAACUACUAAUACUACUACAUCGUCUUGGGGAAUGUGGGCACCUACUUCUGUCAGGAAUGAUUCUCCAAACCUGUUUCGCGAAUCAGAAUACAGUAAAAAUGCAUCUGUACUAUCUAUUCUUUCUGAUUAUAACUCUCCCGUCUCAUCAAGGACAGAUAAGGAUCAUUUUCUUGAUCAAGUUGAUAAAAGUAAGAAGGUCGAGACUACUUCAGCAUGUCGUUUAUUUGGCAUUGAUUUAAGGAAUAAUGCAAACAAUAUUUCGCGGGUCGAGAAGGAAGUGACAGUUCCAAAUAUCACUUCAAAAUGUGCUAAUGGUGUUGAUACGAUGAACAAUAGGGAUGUUUUGAAAUUCUCCGAAGAAAGAAAACAUGUAUUUGAGGUUUUGCCUAAUGAUACUCAAAGAAAGCAGAUCUCCAUCACAUCUACGAGAACCCGUACCAAGGUACAAAUGGAAGGGAUUUCCGUCGGACGUGCUGUCAAUUUGAGUGCAUUAGAAGGUUAUGAUGACCUUAUCACUGAGCUGGAGAAAAUGUUCGAGAUUAAGGGGGGGCUUCGCCCGAUAAAUAAAUGGGUCAUAAUUUACACUGACAACGAGGGCGAUGUCAUGCUUGUCGGCGAUGAUCCAUGGCCGAAGUUCUGUAAGAGAGUAAAGAAAAUUUGCAUCUAUUCGCGUGAGGAAGUGAAGAAGAUGAAUCCUAGAUGCUUGUCCUCUACUGCUUGUGCUGGUGAAGGCACUGCAAGAAGCUUAGAUUCAGAGCCAAAACUUGCAGAAUAGAAAAUUUUCAGAAUUGGGGUUACAAAAUAUGGGAGCUGAGCUUGCUCAUUAGGCAGCAGAAGUAGACAAAGUAUACUAGGAUUAACGGGUAAAGAAAUAUUAAUUACAAUUGUAUCGUCCAGAAUACUGUGUAUGAAACGAGCUUUGCGGUGGAGUCGUAAACAUGGUUGUGGGAUGGGGAGGUAGGGUAGGGUGAUUUUGUCUUCUUGAUAGCUGAUCUCAAUAUGUAGUAAAAGUCAUACACUUGUUUGUUAGAAACUUUAGUAUCAGUUUCUGACAUUAUUUGAAGCGAAAUAAUUUUUGGAAAAAAAGU